AUGUUAGUAGAGCGCGCAAGCAUCAAGGACCUGGUAUCACCCCUGCUCAAGCGAGCGACCGUCGCACCGCGACGACGCACAUUGUUUUUACCAGUGCCUGUCCAGUGCCAGCGAGCUCGCAUGUCUGAUUCUCCUGAAAUUAUCAGAGCCCGAGAUUUGCCGGAGACAGUCGAGACGACACUAUAUAAUGCGCCAUUUCGCGUCGGUGAGGAGGACAGGACCCUUUCUCUCGACGCCCCGGAAGCACGCCGCACAUCGCAAAACAUGUUGAAGAACAUCGACUACACGCUUUACCUUGUGACAGGAAGGGAUCUCCUGCCUCCUGGCAAGGACUUCUAUCAAACAUUGGAGGAGUCAAUUCAAGGAGGCGUUACCAUUGUUCAGCUGCGGGAAAAAGACCUGGAAACUAGCGCUUUUGUCGAACUGGCCGUGAAGUCAAAAGUUAUUUGUGACAAGUACAACGUCCCCCUUCUGAUCAACGAUCGCGUGGAUGUUGCUCUCGCUGCAAAGGCCGAUGGUGUUCAUCUCGGGCAAUCCGAUAUGGCAGUGAAGCGAGCUCGUGAACUGCUUCCUCACACUGCAAUCAUCGGCUUGAGCUGCAACACUGUUGAGCACGUCAAGGGUGCCAUCAAACAGAAAGUCGACUACAUUGGCAUCGGCGCCGUUUGGGACACAAAAACCAAGAAGUUGACGAACCCUGUUAUUGGAAUACAUGGAGUUGCUGAUAUGCUUGCUGAACUCGAAGGAACCAGUAUCGAGGCUGUUGCUAUUGGCGGAAUCAACUCUGUUAACCUGCUCCGAACAUUACACGGAUGUGUCACCGUCAAGAAUCGUUCCUUAGAUGGUGUCGCUGUGGUAUCUGAUAUCAUGGCAUCUGCAGACCCACGAUGCGCAUCCAAGAAGCUCAAGGAGAUUCUUGUGAACUUCCAACGUCAUCACAAGUUUUACUGCCUCCGCCACAGAGGGAGACCCGACAUCGUCACCGUCGACUCAGUUGUGAAUGGAGUCGCAGAGCUUAUGGAUGAAGUGAAGAAGGAGCGUCCACUUGUUCACCAAAUAACCAACACGGUUGUCAGCACCCAAUCUGCCAAUGUCACCUUGGCCAUUGGUGCCAGCCCCAUAAUGGCCACUGAAUCCAAGGAAAUGGAGGAUUUAUCCCGCAUCUGCGGUGGUCUUUUGGUUAACAUCGGUACCAUGAGGGCCGAGAACCUGGAUGGGAUGAUGAUUGCAGGCACUUCUGCAAAUGUUUUGAAGAAGCCCAUUGUUUUUGAUCCCGUUGGAGUUGGCGCAAGCAACUUCAGGAAAAACACCGUGAAAGGUUUGUUGAACAAAUGGCAGGCCAGUGUCAUUAAGGGUAAUGCUGGUGAACUCGCUGCCCUGGCAGGCACGGAUGAGGUUGAAUCAAAGGGUGUCGACAGUGUGGGGUCAGGCUUCAAAAAUCCCGCUGAAUUUGUGAGAAACCUCGCUAAGAGAGAACGAUGCGUUGUUGUCCUCACUGGCCCUGUUGACUACAUCUCGGACGGAAUCUCGACCGUAUGUCUUGAGAAUGGACACGAAUUGCUCGAACGCAUCACUGGCUCUGGAUGUAUUCUGGGUAGCAUCAUCGCCAGUUAUUGCGCUGCCUCGUCGCAAACGGACACCAAUACCGACAAUGGCGGUAUGUUCCGUGGAGAUAUGUUCACCGCAGCCAUUGCAGGUGUACUUGUAUUGACGGUUGCCGCUGAACUUGCCGCCAAGAGACACGAUGUAAAGGGACCUGGUUCAUUCCUCCCAGCAUUGAUCGACGAACUCUCGACUCUCACACCUGAACAAGUCCGGGAAUUUUCCAAGGUCACUGUCAAGCACCUGUAG